AUGUUAUCAUUGUUAAUUAAGAAUAGUUAUUCAAAAGUAUUUUCACCCACUUUUAAUAUUUUAAAUGUCUCCAGAAACAGGUCUUUUACAUCGAUCUCAAAAAAUUUUCUAUCAAAAAAUAAUUUUAAAAAUGAUAAUAUAAUAUUUUUAAAAAGAAAAAUAAAUACAAUAGAAACAAAUAGAUCAUCCACCAAACUUCGAAAUACAAAUUGGAAAGAUUUAAAAAAUAUUUUUGCUCUAGCUGCACCAUACAAAUUACGUCUAAUAACUGGUUUAAGUCUUCUUGGUGUCAGUUCUGUUAUAUUUUUAUCAGCUCCCAGAAUAUUGGGAAAGUUAAUUGAUCAACAUGAUGAUGCCAAAUCUAAAAAACAGGAAGAAGAUGAUAUUUGUGUGAGAUUGGCAAAUUUUUUUAAAGAAAAACCAUAUUAUUUGGUAGGUGUUUUUAUUAUUGGGGCACUUGCUAUUGGAGCAAGGGCUUAUUGUAUGCAUACAGCAGGCCAACUUAUAAUAAAUGAUUUAAGGACAAAUGUUUUUAAAUCUGUUUUGAAACAAGAUAUUAAAUUUUUUGAUAACAAUAAAGUUGGUGAAAUUGUUUCAAGAUUAUCUAGUGAUGCUUUAAUUACUGGAUAUUCUGUUUCAAUGAACUUGUCUGAUGGUGCAAGAGCAUUAAUUACUAUGUUAGGUUCUGGUAGUUUAAUGAUUUAUACCUCACAGGAGUUAUGUUUACUUGUUAGUUUUGUUAUUCCUGUAAUACUAGGAACAUUUUUUGUUUUUGGAAGAUUACAAAGACGUUACACAAGAGAAAUGCAGGAAGCUGUAGCUGGUGCUAAUAUGGUUGCAACAGAAAGAUUAUCAAACAUUCGUACGGUGAGAAUGUUAGCAGCUGAAGAUAAAGAAUUAGCUGCUUAUAAACAAAGAAUUAAUGAUAUAUGGAAUGUAGCAAAAAAGGAAGGAAUUGCUAAAGGUGCAAUGUAUGGAGGUUUUCAAUUUACAGGAUAUAUGUCAUUAAGUCUUGUCGUUUUUUAUGGGUGUAAUUUAAUAAAUCAAGGAUUAUUAACAUAUGGAGAUUUAUCUUCAUUUUUGUUAUAUGCUAUUUUAUGUGCUUCAUCACUUUCAAAUAUGAGUGGAUUUUUUGUUGAAAUUAUGAAAGGUUUAGGUGCAUCAACAAGACUAUUUGAAUUACAAAAUAGUAAACCAGUAAUUCCACUUACUGGUGGUUUAAAAGUAAAAGAUGUUCACAAAAAAAUUAGUUUCCAAAACGUUAGUUUUUGUUAUCCAGGCAGAGAUCCAAUAUUUCAUGAUGUAUCAUUUUCAAUGGAUUGUGGUAAAGUAACUGCAUUAGUUGGAGCAUCAGGAAGUGGAAAAAGUACCGUUUUAUCACUUUUAAUGAGAUUUUAUGAUCCUACAUCAGGAAAUAUAUAUAUUGAUGAUCAUGAUUUAAAAGAUAUUGAUAUAUCAUAUUGGAGAUCACAUAUAGGAUCAGUUGGACAGGAACCAAUAUUAUUUAAUACAACAAUAAGAAAUAAUAUUACUUAUGGGGCAAAAAAUGAUAGUGAAAUAAGUGAUGAACAGGUAUUCCAUGCAGCUGAACAAAGUAAUGCUCUUCAUUUUAUUGAAAGAUUUCCUAAAAAAUUUGACACAAUGGUUGGUGAAUUGUCUAGUUCUAUGUUAAGUGGUGGAGAAAAACAAAGAAUCUCUUUAUCUAGAGCUUUAGUUCUUGAUCCUAAAGUAUUGAUAUUAGAUGAAGCAACAAGUGCAUUAGAUGCUCAUAGUGAAUAUAUGGUGCGAAAAGCAUUAGAUAAACUAAUAAAAGAGAGAAAACAAACAAUAUUAAUAAUUGCACAUCGUUUAGGAACAAUUAAACAUGCUGAUAAAAUUGUUGUUCUUGACAAAGGAAGAAUAGCUGAACAGGGAACAUUUGAUGAAUUAAUUAAUAUUAAAGAUGGUGUUUUUAAGAACUUAGUUGACAAACAACAAAUAGGAUGGACAAAUGAAACAUUUUAA